AACUCCCAGCAUGCCGUGACCCGGCGGCGCGGCCUGGGUGCCCAGCGAGCCCGGUCCCCUUAGGGUGUGACUGUCGGGGAGGAGGAUGGAGGCGGUGGUGUUCGUGUUCUCGCUUAUCGACUGCUGCGUGCUCAUCUUCCUCUCGGUGUACUUCAUAAUCACGUUGUCUGACCUCGAAUGUGACUACAUUAACGCUAGAGCGUGCUGCUCCAAAUUAAACAAGUGGGUGAUUCCAGAGCUGGUGGGUCACACCGUGGUCACUGCGCUGAUGCUCAUCUCCCUGCACUGGUUCAUCUUCCUCCUCAACUUGCCUGUUGCCACUUGGAACAUCUACCGGUUCAUUACGGUACCUAGCGGGAACAUGGGAGUCUUUGACCCGACAGAAAUACACAACCGUGGGCAGCUGAAGUCACACAUGAAAGAAGCCAUGAUCAAACUGGGUUUCCACCUGCUCUGUUUCUUCAUGUACCUCUACAGCAUGAUUCUAGCACUGAUCAAUGACUGAAGCCUGAGCAGCCGCGGGUGGAGACGGCCGAGCCCACGGCACACAGCUGAGAGGCCGGAGACGAAGUCACUCUUGGAACCGGGGCCAUAGCAGUAUAUAUAUAUUUUUUCCCUCUUUGAACAAAAAAAAAAAAAAAGCUAUUUUUGCUGUAUUUUUACCACAUAAAAUGUUUAAAAAACCUGAA